GGGCCGGGGGCGGGGCCGCUGGCGGCGACAGCAGCCUCACGUGACCGGCCAGCGCCGACUCGGUCCUCACUCUGGUAUCGGACCCACUGUCGCUCUCUCCCUUCUCAGCGGCUAUACCUGCUCCCGGUGGCCCUGAGGGUGUGCGGGCCAGGGGCGGCCCGAGCAGGAGGCGGCGGGGGAGCAGGUCUGCGGGGCUAAGUGUCGCGGCGGCGCACCUCGCGGCGAGAAUCGGGAGGAGCAGGACACUGCGAGGAUAGGCCCAGGAGUAAUGGAGUCCAAAGAGGAACAAGUGGUGAAAAAGCUCAACAUGGAAAGUGCCAACCCAGAAAACGAAGAAAAGGAUGAAAAGGAGCAAGAUGCUAAUAAAGGGAAGCCCUUGGCCCUCCCUCUGGGAGCUGGUGAAUACUGUGUCCCUAGAGGAAAUCGUAGGCGAUUCCGUGUUAGGCAGCCCAUCCUGCAGUAUAGAUGGGAGGUAAUGCAUAGGCUUGGAGAGCCACAGGCAAGGAUGAGGGAAGAGAACAUGGAGAGGAUCGGGGAGGAGAUGAGACAGCUGAUGGAAAAGCUGAGGGAAAAGCAGCUGAGUCAUAGUCUGCGGGCAGUUAGCACUGACCCCCCUCACCAUGACCACCAUGAUGAGUUUUGCCUUAUGCCCUGAAUCCGAUGUUUUCCCUGAAGUUAAUAGGGAGACCCCUGCUUCCUAAACUUGCAUAUUUGUGAUGUACCUUUGUUGUAAACCUUUUGAUGUUACUCGUUUCAUGUGGGUCUCCUAUUACCAGCUUCUAAUUGAAUGUUGUGUUUUUGAUCCAGUUUGUAAGUUUCUGUCAGCAGGGGAGUUUUACCUAUUGCAUGGAAAGAUACCCAUUAUAUAUUGUGAAGUUAAUAAAGCAGUUUAAAAAAGCA